AAUAUAUUUUUCUUUUAAUUUUUAAGAGAUGAGUAGUUCAAAUUUUGCUAGUAGUAGCAUGUCGGGGAGCGGAGGAGGUGGAAGCAGCAGUGGCGGAGGAGGGCCGUGUGGCGCGUGCAAGUUCUUAAGGAGGAAGUGCGUGACGGGGUGCAUAUUUGCGCCACAUUUCGACUCCGAGCAAGGAGCAGCGCAUUUUGCGGCCGUUCACAAGGUGUUCGGAGCUAGCAACGUGUCGAAGCUCCUCCUCCACGUCCCAGUGGAGAAGCGGCCCGACGCAGUCAUCACCAUUUGCUACGAGGCCCAGGCCCGCCUCAGGGACCCCGUAUACGGCUGCGUCGCCCACAUCUUUGCUCUUCAACAACAGGUGGUGAAUCUUCAAGCAGAAAUCUCCUACUUACAAGCCCAUCUGGCCACCCUGGAGCUUCCAACUCCGCCACCUCAGCCGCCGUCGCUACUGGCACCACCACCACCACCACCACCACCACCCUUAUCCAUAGCCGACCUCCCCGCAUUUUCAGCAGUUCCAGCAACGUAUGAUUUGCCGUCUCUAUUUGAUCCAACGGCAUGGAAUCUCCCUCAUCAAAGCGACACCUUAACAUCUCAGUUUCCGGCCCCUCGAGGCGGCGGCGAUCUUCAAGAACUGGCUCGUGAGUUUCUGGCUAGACGCGAGCCAUGUACAAAUCAACCAGCUUCGCCUUUGCCACCCCACUCUACCUAAUUAAUAAUUAAUGGAAAGGAAAAUUAACUCUUUUCUCCCAUAAUAUGGAGGAAAUUAACUUUUUUAAUUUGUAUCUUUUUCUUCUUCUUCUUUUGCUUUUCGGGAAUUGAUUGAUCGAUCAUAAUUCGAUCUGAUUUUGAUUUUUUUUUUACAGUGAACUAUUUUCUCUGGCAAAUUUAAUUUCGAUCCGGAGAUUAUUUUUUGUAAUUAAUGUGUCCAGGCUCCAUUUUUAUGUUUACCUAGUGCAACACUUGUAUGAUACACAACCCUUUAUGUGUAUAUUCAUAUUUAUAUAA